UACCAAUUUUAGUUGGAAACGAACUUCUAAUGUGAAAUGAGAGUAGAAGAAAAGAUCAAUGACGACGUUGAAGAGUUGAUUAUAUUUGAACUCGAUUUAACGUUUCUUUCCUUUCAAAAUUUCGUUUUGCUAAUCAAUAGUGUAUUCUGAAUCUUCAUCAUCAUCAUCACAAUAAUAAUAAUAAAGAGGAUUUUCUUCCAUAUUUAAUGAAUAUUGUCGUAAUGCCUGCAGCAGAAACGACAAUUUGGACGGACAAAUCUUGGUGGUGCCGUGGGUUUUCGGUUGAUUUGCUUCUUUUAAAUUAUUCAAACACAGAAAUUUGUUCAAUCAGCUACUCCAAUUCCACAAUUCAACUCGCUGAUUCCAGUCGUAAAGACGAAUGGCCGCUUCUAGAGACCCGUGGAUGAGGGAAUAUAAUGAAGCUGUAAAACUUGCUGAUGACAUCACUGAUAUGAUAUCUGAGAAGAGUUCAUUUCCCACCACAGGGCAAGAAACUCAGCGACAUUCAUCUGCAAUACGGAGGAAAAUUACCAUACUUAGCACCAGACUCGAUAGCCUAGAGUCUCUUCUGUCAAAGCUUCCUGCAAAGCAGCCUUUGACACAGAAAGAAAUGAAUCGUCGCAAGGACAUGGUUGCAAAUUUAAGAUCAAAAGUAAACCAGAUGGCUUCCACAUUGAAUAUGUCAAACUUCACAAAGAGGGACAGCUUGCUUGGGCCAGAAAGUAAGUCGGUUGAAGCAAUGAGUAGAACAGCAGGCCUUGACAACGCUGGGUUUGUCGGUCUUCAAUGUCAAAUUAUGAAAGAACAAGAUGAGGAUCUUGAGAAAUUGGAGGAGACAGUGAUCAGCGCCAAACAUAUAGCAUUGGCAGUCAAUGAGGAGCUUGAUCUGCAUACAAGACUAAUCGAUAGUUUGGACCAACAUGUUGAUAUUACAGAAUCCCGACUACAGCGAGUGCAGAGGAAGCUUGCAUUUCUAAAUAAACGCACAAAAGGUGGCUGCUCCUGCUUGUGCCUACUUGUUUCAGUUAUUGGGAUUGUCGUUUUGGUUGCUGUAGUACACAUGCUGAUCAAAUGUUUAUAAUACAGAACACGAAAGAACCGUUAUUGAAAACACACAAGUUUUCCCCUUUUUCUUCUUCUUUUUUUUUUUUUUUUUUUGGUGGUUUUUGGCAAUCGUAAAAUGAUCAAUUUAUUAUGUAAAAGAAGUAAACGUUCUUACUAUAUCCAAACACAUUGCUCUUGUAAAGUAGAGGCAAAAAGAUGUCUAAUAUAUUUUUUCAAGUCAUUAUACGAA